GCACCGUGACCCCGCCGCCGCCCCGCCCAAGCUCUACGCCAGCUCUCACGCCGCUCGCCGCCGCCUCCCGUGUGCCCUCCGCCCCAUGGCGGCGGUACGGCCGGUGUUGGCUCGGGCCCUGCUGCAGCAGUGCCUAUUCGCCCGGCUACAGGUGAAACCGCCCGAGCGCGGGGCGGAAGCCGAGUGGGAGGAGAUCCAGAGAGGACUUGUUAUCUACAUAUGCUUCUUCAAAGGUGCUGAUGAGGAUCUUGUUCCAAAAAUUGUCAACGUUCUGUUGAAUGUUAAAUUAAGUGAAGAUGAAAAUGGGGAGUACGUAUCUGUCCUUGAUUUACCAGGCAAUGUGCUCAUCAUACCACAAGCUACGCUGGGUGGUAAACUGAAGGGAAGAAAGAUGCAGUAUCAUGCAAACAUUGAAAAAGAAAAAGGAAUGGAACUUUAUUCUCAGUUUGUGACUUUGUGUGAAAAGGAACUGGCUGCAAAUGCCAAAUGCAUGGAAGCAGGUGUUCUUGUUAAGCAUGGCACAUAUGGAAACAGACAGGUGUUAAAACUGGAUACAAAUGGACCUUACACUCAUCUGGUUGAAUUCUGAAAAAAUAAAUACUAUCACAGAUACAA